AGCUGGGGAAGAGCUAGAGCUGCUUUUCCAAUCAUUUUUGUGCCUCAUUUGUCUGAUAUCAACUGCAGCAGAGUUACUGAUCCCUUUUUGUUGUUCAGAACUCCUAUUCUUAGAGCCAGACUGGCCUCACUGCUCCUCUGCCACAAACACCAACGCACAGCGCGCCGCCUCCAGACAAUAACCCAACAAACAAACGCCAUUCUUCCUCCUCUCCUCUCCUCCCUGCCACCUAGCUAACAACUGCUAUCCUUCAAGUGGCCAUUGUCACAACUCAUCCUUGUGUUUAUCAUAGCACCUCUACACAUCGAACUGCAACACCUCCGUCAACCUGCAAUACUUCAAGCCAGAGAUACUUGUAUACUCUCAGCCUGCACUAUGGAGUUUAAGCUGUCAGCUGAGCUGGUAGGCCACAAGUCUGAUGUCCGUGGCGUUACCUUUCCAUCCCCAAACACAGUCAUUUCUGUCUCCCGUGACUGUACUGUCCGAGUCUGGCGACGCAAGGAAUUUCGACCUCCUACCUUCAAGGGCUCAGUCCUGACUGAAGGCCAAGAUUUUGUCAAUGCUGUCGCCUACUUCUAUCCCGACGCUACAUAUAAAGAGGGCCUGAUCGUGGCUGGCGGCAAGGAUGCCUUAAUCGAAGUCAGGCAGCCAGGAGCCCAGCCUGGACCUAACCAUGCAGAAUUCCUUCUGGUCGGCCAUGACCACAACGUCUGCGCCCUCGAUACCUCCCCCGAAGCCUCAUACGUUGUUUCGGGAAGCUGGGACAAACAGGCUAUCGUCUGGUUCACGGGCAAGUGGGAGCCUGGCAAGUAUCUGGUUGGACACGACGCAAGUGUGUGGGGGGUGUUGGCCCUGACCGAAGAGACUGUCGUGACGGGCUCUGCAGACGAGAAGAUCAACAUUUACGACAUCAAAUCGAGCCCUGACCGCCACAUACAGCCCAAGUCCACUAUAUACACCACAAGUGUCGUGCGCGCCGUUGCCAAGGUGAACAAGGGCCAUGCAAGCGGUGCAGAUAUUGCCAGUGCACACAGCGAUGGCGUGAUCCGGUUGUGGAAGCUCAACGGCCAGUCCAUGGGCGAGCUGCACGGCCACGAUUCAUUUGUCUACAGUCUCGCUUCGCUGCCCACGGGCGAGCUGGUCAGCUCGGGCGAGGACCGAACCAUCAGAAUCUGGCGGGGUUAUGAGUGUGUCCAAACCAUUACCCUCCCAGCCAUCUCCGUAUGGUCUGUGGCAGUGUGCGAGAGCACGGGCGACAUUGUUGCGGGAAGCAGCGAUGGCGUGGCCCGCGUGUUCACGAGAAUCGAGGCCGAUAUGGCGAGUGCAGAGUCGAUAGCUGCUUUCGAUGAAUCCGUCAAGGCCUCGUCCAUUCCGCAACAGCAGGUGGACGGACUCAACAAGGAGAAACUUCCUGGCAGCGACUUUCUCAAGACCAAGUCGGGCACCAAGGAGGGUCAAGUUCAGAUGAUUGUCGAGGACAAUGGCUCUGUCACGGCGCACCAAUGGUCCAUGGCCCAGCAACAAUGGAUUUGUGUCGGGACCGUGGUCGAUGCUGUUGGAAGCAGCGGGAAGAAGCAGGAAUAUAAUGGCCAGUCCUACGACUACGUAUUUGAUGUCGAUAUCCAGGAAGGCGCACCGACCCUGAAACUCCCAUACAACCUGUCUCAGAACCCGUACGAGGCGGCUACCAAGUUUAUUGGAGACAAUGAGCUUCCAAUUUCGUAUAUCGACCAAGUCGCGGGCUUUAUUGUCGAAAACACAAAGGGUGCCACCCUGGGCGAGGACUCGGGCCCGGCUCCUGGUGACUUCGGAACCGGUCGAUAUCAGCCAGGCGACGAAGGCUCGGCUCAGCAGCCACCCGGCCCGAAGAUUCUCCCUCAGGAGAACUACCUUACGAUAACUGCUAUCAAGAUCGAGCCCCUUGUCAAGAAGAUCCUUCUUACAAGCGCGACUAUGAUUUCGUCGGGGCGCAAGGAUUUCGCGUUGAACCCAGCAGAGGAAGACACCUUGAAGCGGCUGGCGCAAAAGAUCAGCACAGCGAUUGGCACCGUGCCGGCGACUCUCCCGGCCGCGGGCACUCCAACAUCCAUGGUGAAUUGGGAAUCCAACCAGCAUGAAAUCUCCCUAGUUCUCAAGAUUGCAAAUACUUGGCCCGACAACGACCGAAUGCCAGGCCUGGAUCUCCUUCGCUGCCUCGUCACGUCGUCUUCGGUGGGGAGCUUCGCUGCUGUGGCCGGCAAGAGCAUCAUCGAUGCCACCUUCGAGUCCGCAUUCCACCCCAGUGCCGGAGCUGCCCUCAGCAAAAACUGCGCCAUGAUGGCAUUUCGCGUCAUUGCCAACCUGUUCGCAUCGGAUGACGGUCGAAAAAUUGCCUAUGCACAGGCUGCGAUCGUUGUCGAUCACAUGCAGAGCGUGGUCGGCCUUGACGACAACGCCUUCAAGGGACCGGUCGGAUUUCCUGACGUCCGCGGUGUCCUGAUAGCCGUCACCACCGCCGCGCUGAACUACGCCGUGCUAGGCUACAUGGUGUCCAGGAAGAAAGUUGCAGCCCCCAGUGGCGUCAGUGUCACACCUGAGGUGUUCGGCUCUUUGGCCAAGGUUCUGUGUAAAAUUAUCGACGGUCAGGACGAUGCUGAGGUGAACUACCGCGCUCUCGCCGCGCUUGGCACGCUGGCGGCUGCUGGAACCAGAGACGUCUUGAAGAGCUUGUCAGCAGAGAACGUUGUCCGCCGCGCUAUCAAGGCAGACAAGAACCCCGAAGAGCGCAUCAGGGCGAUCGCCAACGAGUGCUUGAAGAUAUUAUAGUAGCCUCCGGAGUGUUCUAAUGGCAUUUAGGGUGUUGUGACAGGUGACAUUGGUGCUCUCGUCAUGACCUUUAGUGCUCCAGACCCAUUUUUCUUCUUCUUUAAAGUGGUGGUGGAUGCAAAUAGAGGGGUGUGGUUGACGAUAGUGAUCAUGAAUACCAUUGUAUCAUGGAUAGGUGUAGACUAUGAUGUGGUAAUUGAGCAGGAAACAUGAAGAAUGGGCACAGGCAUUGUGAACCCUUGCUGUAACAGGUGUGGCUGUGAACAAGCUCGUGUGGGCAAGUAUAUAUUGCCUCCGAUGUGUUGUCUCCACACAGCCAGCCAUAAAAAAAAGCAGACAGACAAAAUACAUAGCCUGUGGCCCUACCACUCAUGGUAUACAGCAUAGAAUCGCCGAAUGAACGGACGAAUGAAUGAAUAUGAGAAGGAUCAUGUUCGAUCUAUCCAAAUUGGC